UCUUUGUUCUGUGGGGAAAAUGGAUUUGCUGGCCGACAUUGAGGCUGAGCUGGCGAGUCGGUUUGGCUCGACAUUUUCCAUUACCUCCUCCGCCUCAUCAGCCGCAGCAGCAGCGCAACCAGCCGCGGCGUCAGAGAAAGCAAGGGUUUGCGAUGCAGCGUCUGCCGUGGCUGUCGAAAGCGACGCUGCGAGCAACAAUGAGAACACAUCGCCGCAAAACAACUCCAUUUUGGCUGCCGAGAGUGAGCAAGCGCCGAGCUCGCCCGUCCGCAAGCCGCGAAAGCCGGUCGAAAGCCUGGACCCGACAACCGGUCGCCGACCAGCAAUUGGCACACUGCAAGCGACCAGUCCCGCGUCUCCCACGCGCAAAGGACCUCGAGGAAUUCCCCAAGUGACCUCUCCAGCCGCUUUCGAGUCUGGAGUUCCGAUUAGUCAGAAGGUCCUGCUUGCUUGCUUGAACAAUUGCCCGGCCGAGCUGGCCGUCUUGCUGCAGGUCAAAACAAUUUCUCAAAACACGCUGGACGAGUCGUUGCGUAUUUCGGCCGCAUUUGGGCACACAAAGUGCGCCUUGCUGUUGGUUCAGCGUGGCAGCAACACCAAUAGUCGCGCGGACGACAAUUCGACAGUUUUGCACUUUGCGUGUAGAAAAGCCGAUGUUGAGCUUGUUCAGGCCGUGCUCCAGCAUGAUGCCGACGUUGGUGCUCGCGAUGAUGACUACGUCACCCCUUUGGAUAUUGCUGCAGAACAAGGUCUUGAGCGCAUCGUCGCCCUGCUGCUUGACCGAGCAAUCGAGGUUGCCAAACACAGCAAGCCACCGCUGUCCGCCAGCGAUCUCAUUCUAGCCGAAUCCCGCGCCAAAAACUGCUACUUUUAUCAGUGUGCAGAAGCCAUUGGCAACGCCCGUCGGACUCUGUAUCCGGUCAAAUCCUAGAUGUACUUUCGUUGUUUUUGUUUUGGGGCGUAUUUUUUUUUCAUCAGAUUGUAUUUGUACAGGACUCCAACAAACUAAAUAGCUACAUCAAAAUCGAAUCGAGU